AUGGAUUUAAAGUUCCACCGAUUUCCUAAAGACUUACCCGAGGAAGGGAUUCACGAAGAAGGAGAACGUGGUGAAGGGGCUACUCAAGCCGAAGGUGCUGGAAUGGCCAAAGUUCGAAAGAGGGAUUACGACGCCCGAGCUCUGCCUAGUUUCUAUCUCCAUCGAUUCGUCUGCCGCUUCCUCACUGCAAGAUCUACGUCGGCUGCGGCCGAGUCGAAGGCCGAGAAGACGGCCUUCAACAUCAAGCUCGAGAAGUUCGACACUGCUGCCAGGAUCAAGAUCAUAAAGGAGGUGAGAACAUUCACUGAUCUGGGCCUGAAGGAGGCGAAGGACCUGGUCGAGAAGGCGCCGGUCGUUUCGAAGAAGGGUGUUGCCAAGGAGGAGGCGGGUCCCAUUUUUGAGAAGCUCAAGGAGCUUGGAGCUACUGUCGGGCCGAGGCUUAUGGUUUUGCCACGUCGCAAAGUGAUUAGACAUUGCUGUGGUAGUUCUUUGCAGUUCUCUAAAGAGAUGGGAAUAUGUGAUUUUUAUAUGGGCAUUCUUAGGUGAAGCAUAUUAGAGCUAGGCAUGGAGAUUAUUUUGGAAUCAUCGUGGCCGGUUAUCCAGAUCAAUCUUGAGAAGGCUAGGGAAGAGUUUCGUAGCUCAAGUCAGAAAAAUGGAGAGACUGGAGUCAAAGACUUCAUGGACAGUGUGGGCCUUGGUAUGUUUGUUGAGUAGGUUAUGCAAUUUGUUAAAGCAUAGGAAUAUAAUAUGUUUAGCCGUAUUGUCUUUGAUAUUGCCCCCACCGUGAGCAAAUUGACAUCUAUUUACAAUUUGUUUGCUACAUUUCCCUUAAACCCACAAACAUCUCUACACCAGACAGGUGCUACCCAACACACUUAUGACCAUGCAUCAGGUAGGACACUUUGCGGAUGAUAUGUGGCCCAAAAAUCCAGCAGGCAGAGUAAUUAAUUAGGCUAUACAUGUAAGAAGAAGAAAAAAAAGGCAACAAGCCAGCCAUCCAUAUUCAAUGUACAUGUGUGGCUUACCUACCUUGUGAUUUUUUGGGGUAGGUCAUCUACAUGGUGGGCUGACCUGAUGUCUGCCUGGGGUGUUCCCAUGUGCCAGGCUGGUGCAUGUGGCAUGUGUAAAGGCACAGGUUGCCAUGGCAAAGCUCUUUUUGCCACAUGAACAUGCAUUAAGUCACUAACCAUUCUACUCAUUAAUCUCAUGUUUUGCCUUGUGC